AUGNGCUCCUACAAGCAAUUAGCGGUGCUCUCGGGGCACGCCGGCUCCGUCUCCUGCGUCGCCCUCUGCGGCGAGUUCGUCCUCAGCGCCUCCCUCGGCGACGACAUCGUCCUGUGGCAGCAGCCCGAUCUCCGCCAGUUCGCCAGGUUCGGCCACGGCGGCACCGGCUCGGUGAAGGCGCUCGCGGCCUCCGGCGCCCGCGUGUUCUCCGCGCACCAGGACGGCCGCAUCAGGGUCUGGAAGGUCUCCCGCCGCGGCGGCGCCGGCGCCGGCGUCUUCCGUCGGCGGGAGUCCGCGGCGGUUAGGAUUCAGGCCGCGUUUCGCGGCUAUUUGGCGAGGAAGGCGCUGAGGGCGCUGAGAGGAUUAGUGAAGCUCCAGGCUUUGGUGAGAGGCAACAUUGUCAGGAAACAAGCUGCGGAGACGCUGCGGUGCAUGCACGCCCUGGUUCGAGUUCAGGCCCGGGCUCGCGCUUGCCGCGCCCUGCGCGCACAGAGCGUCGGCCCAUGCACCCACCCGGGCCAUCCAACAUCAGAGAAACGCGACCACAAUGUACAAACAAAUAUGCCCAAAUCCGACCGAUUCGGCUCUCUCAAGUCCCUUACCACGGAGGCUACAGAUCAAAACACUUCGCCGCGCUCUUCCGGUUGGAACUGGUUGGACCGCUGGAUGGAGGAUAGGUAUUGGAACAUCCAUGAACCUGCAGCUAAAUCCAGUCUAGGUACAACGAUGGACGACGAAAAGAACGCCAAGAUCCUCGAAGUCGACCCCGGAAAACCACAAUUCAGUAACAACUCUAAGAAGAGCCGCGGUUUCGCUGCUGCUGCUGCUGCUGCUGCCGCGGACUCAGACUCGACGACCGCCCAAUUGUCGAUCCCGAGCCCAUCCACGGGCGAAGUGAUGCAGCCGCUGAGCUCCCUACGGUUAGCAGCCGCCGACCUCGAGGAAUUCGGCGAAUGCCCCCAGUUCUAUUCGGCCACCUCGCAGCAGGGGCGCGGGGGGCCGUUCACGCCGUCGAAGGGCUGCUUCGGGAGCUACCUGGACUACCCGAACUACAUGGCGAACACGGAGUCUUCGAAGGCGAAGGCGCGGUCGCAGAGCGCGCCGAAGCAGAGGCCGGAGUGCUACGAGAAGUCGGGAUUGAUGAAGAGGGGUCAGGUUUCAGGUUCGGGCUCGGGUUGUGGUUAUGUUUCUGGGCAACACAAUUCUGCGGCGUCGGGGCCGCAGAGGUCGCUGCACGCCAAGUUCGCCAACAAGGCCUACCCGGGGUCGGGCCGGUUGGAUAGAUUAGGGAUGCCGAUUAGGUAUUAAGAUUGUUCGGAGAUCCGCGAAAGCAGGUUUGGUUAUUUGAUGCGCGACAUCUUUGUAAUAUAUUUGAAGCUCUUGUAUUUGUGUUCUGUUAUUAGGAAAUUAACUGUCUUAUAAAUGCUGUUUAAUUAUUUUCUAGCCUCCCACUAGUUAUAUACUUAUAUCGUGUGUUUGGUGGCAAUAUAUAAUUAAUAUAUCAGCGGUUUCCAUUCCCUGUUUA